AUGAAGAAUCCAUUGGUCUUUAUGGAUGUAUCUAUUGAUGGAGACCCAUUUGAAAGAAUGGUAUUUGAGCUUUUCUUCGAUAUUGCUCCAAAGACGGCGGAAAAUUUCCGCGCUCUUUGCACAGGAGAAAAAGGAGUUGGGCCUAAAACUGGGAAAGCUUUACACUACAAGGGUUCUUUCUUCCAUAGUGUUAUAAAAGGAUCCAUGGCUCAGGGAGGCGACUUCUCAAAAAGAGAUGGCUCUGAUGGAGAAAGCAUUUAUGGUGGAAAAUUCCCUGAUGAGUCUCCAAAGCUGAAUCAUGACGAGCCAGGCCUUCUAUCCAUGCCAAUAGCUGAUCGUGAUACCUUAGGUUCUCAGUUCAUUAUCACAUUCAGGGCUAAUCAUAGCCUGGACAGGAAAUACUUGGUGUUUGGGAAACUCGUGCAAGGAUUUGACGUUCUCAAGAAAAUUGAAAGUGUAGGCGACCAAGAAGGGAAACCCACAGUGACGGUCAAAGUUAUCAAUUGUGGUGAACUAGAUGAUAAGAAGAAAUCUAAUAAACAGAAAUCAGGCAGGCAUGCUUCUCCUGAUGCUAAUAGUAUGGAAACAAAGAAGAAGGGGAAGCACAAAAGGUCUUCAAAGAACAGAAAGAAGAAGAGAAGAAGACAGUAUUCAUCGGAUUCUGAGAGUUCAUCAGAUUCCGAGAUGGAGUCGUCCGAGUCUGACAGUGAUUCUGACUCAUCUAUGUCCUCAUCUGAGCUUAGUUCAUCCAGUGAUGAUAGACGCAAGAAGAGGAAGAGAUCUUCCAAAAAAGAUAGACAUAGGCGUGGGAAGAAAAGAGAUAAACAACGUGAAAGAAGACGGAAGAGACAUGAAAAGAAGUCUAAACGUAGAUCAAGAAGGGAUUCAAAUAGCUUGUCAGAAGAUAAAGGUGGAAGCGGGAGCGAUAGUAGCACUGGUGAUGAAAGCUUUGAUAUGCAAGGAAAAGAACGAAAGCGUAAAGCAGGGGGGCACAAAACUGGUCAGUCUUCUGAUGUAUUAGAGGGAGAUGCUGAUGCUGCUUCCCUUUCACGUAAAAGAGAUCAUGGUAUGCUUAGCAAGGAAAAUGGUGAAUCUCCCAAGCAAAAUGGAGACAGGCAGGGCAGAGCUGUUGUUGUGGACGCAAGAUCUGGCAGAAGCGAGGACGGUCAACCUGAUGUGGUAGAUGAUCACCCUGGAAAAUCUAGGAGCCGAAGCAUGAGUCCCAAGAGGGCCAUGAGUAAGAGUAUGAGUAUUAGUCCAAGGCGAACUAUUAGCAGCAGGAGCCCAAGCAUUAGUCCUAACAAGAGGAUUAUGAGCAGGAGCCGCAGUGCUAGCAGAAGCCCCCCUCCAAGGAGUGCCAGCAGAAGUCCUGCUAGAAGUGGAAGUGGUAGCAGAAGUCCAGUGAAAAGUGUUUGCAGGAGCAUAAGCAAGAGCCCGGCUAGAAGUGUGAGUAGGAGUCCGUCAGGAAGAGCUGCUGGAAGCACUAGCAAGAGCCCAGCUAGAAGCACGAGUAGGAGUCCGUUAGGAAAAGCUGCUAGAAGCAUUAGCAAGAGCCCAGCUAGAAGCAUCAGCAGGAGCCCAGUCAGGAGCAGAAGAGGUAGAAGCAUAAGCAAGAGUCCCGUGAGACCUCGGUCCCGAAGAAGCAUCAGCCGGAGCCCAGUUAGGCCCAGGUCACGAAGAGGUAUCAGCAGAAGUCCUGGGAGAUCUCGGUCCAGAAGGAGCAACAGCCUAAGCCCUGUGAGAGGCCCAGGUCGAAGAAGUGUGAGCGGCAGGAGUCCCCCUCGAGGAACGAUUCGAAAGUCUAUUAGUAGAAGUCCUGCUAGAAUUUCUAGGAGGAGCAUUAGUAGAAGUCCUAUUAUUUCUUCUAGGAGAAGCAUCAGUAGGAGCUCUGGAGGACCUCCUUCAAGGAGAAGAAGCAGCAGCAGAAGUCCAAGGAGGGCACCAAUUAGGAGUCGUCGAAGUUAUUCAAGGAGCCGUAGCCCUGUAAGGAGGGUUAGAUCUCCUGAUCGCGGAGGUUCUUCCAGAAGUGUAUCUCCAGGUGGGUCCCCCAAGCGCAUUAGAAGAGGGCGGGGAUUCAGUAAUAGGUACUCGUAUGCCCGGAGAUAUAGAACCCCUUCGCCAGAUCGUUCUCCUGUGAGAUCAUAUCGUUACAGUGGGAGAAUUGAUCGUGAGAGGUAUUCCAGUUAUAGAAGGUACUCACCAAGGCGUUUCAGAAGCCCUCCAAGAGGCAGAACUCCUCCAAGAUAUAGAGCGAGGAGAGGGAGAACUAGGAGCCCUUCAGUGUCACGCAGCCCUCGAUACAGGAACCGUCGUAGGUACAGCAGAAGCCGUAGCCCGAUUCGCAGCCGAAGUCGUUCUCCGGUGGUUUCAAGGUCUCGAACUUCUCCCCAUGUUACUACCAAGCCGUCAAGGUCGCCUUCAAGUAGCCGGAGCCCUAGCAGCAGUCGCAGUCGCAGCCCGAGCCCUGCAGAUUCUAGGUCUUCGUUGGCUUCACCUUCCCCAAGGCGGCAAGUAAGCAAAGACAGAUCAAGGUCGUCAUCUGGAAGCCCACCCAGUGGCAAGAAGGGGCUGGUCUCGUAUGACGAUGGUUCCCCCGAUUCUAGCCCCAGGUGA